UCAAUAUUUAUAAUUUUAUAUAUUGGAGGCUACCUCUUCGCUAUAUACAAAUGCACAACAGGAACAAUAGUAAAUGCUUUGCAUUGACCAGUCUUCAUAGCACAAAACUAAAAAGAACAAGGAAAAAAGAAGAAAGGAAGAAGAAGAAGAACGAAGAACGAAGACUCAAGACUCGCUUGUGUUGCUGCUUGAAAAUCGUAGGGGUGUUUGGUCGAUGGGAAAGUGAGAGAGAAAGAGAGAGAGAGAAAAAGAGAGAUGAGUAGUCGAACGAGCUCGAAGAAAGCAGCGGCGGAGGCGGCGGAGGCAGCGAUACAGUCGAUAGGGUUAGGAUAUGAUCUGACGGUGGACUUGAAGCUCAAGUACUGCAAGAGGCAGCAGUCAGCGGUUGGGGUUGGGGUUGACUCUCGCUUGAUCGCCAUCGACGACGACCAAGUUCGUGAAAUUGCAAUUCCAGGCGCCGGUGGGCUUUGCAUACCCAAUGUCCCCAAAUCCAUCAAAUGCGACAAAGGCGAGCGCAUGAGGUUCGGCUCUGAUGUUCUCUCCUUUCAACAGAUGUCAGAGCAAUUCAACCAGGAAUUGACUCUGUCUGGUAAAAUCCCAACUGGGCAUUUCAAUACAGCAUUUGAGUUUACAGGAGGAUGGCAGAAGGACGCUGCCAACACCAAAACACUCGCUUUUGAUGGAAUCUCCAUCACACUCUACAGCGUUGCUCUUGAAAAAUCCCAGGUUGCCUUGCGUGACCAUAUCAAACAAGCUGUCCCCUCAUCUUGGGAUCCUGCAGCACUCGCAAGAUUUAUUGACAAGUACGGUACACAUGUCAUAGUCGGGGUGAAAAUGGGCGGAAAGGAUAUGAUAUAUGCCAAGCAGCAGCACUCAUCACCUCUCCAACCUGCUGAUGUACAGAAAAAAUUGAAGGACAUGGCAGAUAAGAUGUACAUAGAUGGAGCUGGUCAGUCUAGUGUGAAUUCGGAAAAAUUCUACGAGAGAGACAAGUUGGUCAAGGAGCGCGGGCGAGCUAUCAUGGACACAAUCCCUUCCAGUUCGUACUCAUUUGUAGAGGUGCAGGAUAUUAAAUUCAUGUGCAAGAGGAAGGGUGGAAGCUUGUAUAAAAAUCUACCCUACAAUGAGUGGUGUCACACAGUUCAGAUUGAACCUGAUGUGAUCUCCAUGUCAUUGGUUCCUAUUACAUCGUUACUGAGUGGGAUUCAUGGGAGCGGAUUUUUAAGUCAUGCCAUUAAUCUCUAUCUUCGUUAUAAGCCGCCAAUUGAAGAACUGCAUCAAUUUUUGGAGUUUCAACUUCCAAGGCAAUGGGCACCGGUGUUUGGUGAGCUUGCGCUUGGUCCUCAGAGGAAGCAGCAAAGUAGUGCAUCUUUACAGUUCAGCUUCAUGGGUCCUAAGCUUUAUGUUAAUACAACUCCGGUUGAUGUGGGUAAGAAGCCAGUGACUGGUCUCCGAUUGUAUUUGGAGGGAAAAAGAAGUAACUGCUUAGCAAUCCACUUGCAGCAUCUUUCUACGCUGCCAAAGACCUUCCUACUCCAGGAUGAAGUGAAUGGCAAUAUUUCUCAUCUUUCAUCUGACCGGAGAUAUUACGAAAAGGUUCAAUGGAAGAGCUUCUCUCAUGUAUGUACAGCUCCUGUGGAGGCUAACGAUGAUUUCUCUGUUGUCACUGGUGCUCACUUUGAAGUUGGAGACUCUGGCCUGAAGAAAGUUCUAUUUUUACGGCUUCUUUUUUCGAAAGUUACUGGUGCAACUAAUGUUAGACAAGCUGAGUGGGAUGGUUCCCCUGGCUUGGCACAGAAAUCUGGAUUAAUUUCGACUCUUAUCAGCACGCGUUUCUCGAGUGCUCAGAAACCACCUCCUCGGCCUUCUGAUGUGAACAUAAACUCCGCUGUGUAUCCUGGGGGCCCUCCAGUGCCCACACAGACACCUAAACUUUUGAGGUUUGUUGACACAACAGAAAUGACUAGAGGACCACAGGAUUCACCUGGGUAUUGGGUUGUGUCGGGGGCAAGGCUUAUGGCUGAGAAGGGUAAAAUAUCUCUACGAGUCAAGUAUUCUCUCUUGACCAUGAUUUUACCUGAUGAAGAAGAGAUGCCAGAUAAUUAUUGAAAGCGGAUGGCUAAAGAGUAACAAACAUGAGACAGAGGAAAAGAGAAUUACAUCAGGUUUGUGGUACAUUCUCGAUGUUCAUCAUCACAGAUGGAGAGAUUCUGUUCAAAAUUUAAUGAGUUUGUUGUAUAUAACUUAUCAUAAUAUGUGCGUAUGUGUAAAAUUUUCUUCAUUUGUUGUAGAUUAACCUUUCUGGUGCUGAUAUUUGAAUAUUUGAAUUGGAUGAGUUAAUUGGCAAAAUUUGUUGUGAUUUUUGAA